AAAACUCGUAUUUAUCUUAUAAUUAGCAAAAUAUAGAGCGAAAUGGAUUUAUCUCGGGCACCAAAUGAGAGGAAAUUGUAUUUGUGUAAAUGGUACUUUAAAGCCGGAUUUGCGCUCCUUCCCUUCCUGUGGUCAAUCAACACGAUUUGGUUCUUCAAUGAGGCUUUCCGUAAACCAGCAUACGAUGAGCAGAAAGAGAUUAAAAAAUAUGUUAUAUUCUCGCUGGUAGGUUCGUUAGUAUGGAUCGUAGCGAUCAUUGCGUGGGUUGUCACCUUCCAGCUGAAACGGACCGAAUGGGGCGAGUUUGCCGAUAACAUCAGUUUUCUCAUACCGCUAGGGCAGGCGUGA